AGCCAAGUGGACCGAGAGGGGUGGGUAGGUGAUCAGCAGUUUAGUAACAACAGAAUGAAGGGAGCAAGGGCACAGAACUCCAAACUCCCUGGAUCCACCUGAAUCCAGCUCCAUUUUGCGUUUUUCACCGGGUACGGAAUUUUCUGACGCUCCCUCGCGGAGGGGAGCGUCAAGGACAGGAUCCGGAAGUGAAAAAUUAAAGGCGGAUGAAAAGGCCGUGACCCGGAACCGGAAGUAAGGUGUUAGCCCCUGAGUAAGAUGGCGGACCCGGAGGAGGAUUUGCUGCUUUUCAGUGUCAGUGACCUGCCGGUUCGUGGCUACGGCCUGAUGGAGGAGAUCCGGCGGCAGGGCAAACUCUGCGACGUGACCCUGCGGGUUGGUGACCACAAGUACACUGCACAUCGCAUUGUGCUGGCUGCAUCUAUUCCCUACUUCCAUGCCAUGUUUACAAACGACAUGAUCGAAUGCAAGCAGGAUGAGAUUGUCAUGCAGGGAAUGGACCCCAGUGCUUUGGAAGCGCUCAUUAACUUCGCCUAUAAUGGCCGGCUGGCAAUAGACCAGCAGAACGUGCAGUCGUUGCUAAUUGGUGCCAGUUUCUUGCAGCUUCAGAAUGUAAAGGAUGUAUGCUGCACCUUCCUGAGAGAGCGACUGCAUCCUAAAAACUGCCUUGGAGUGCGUCAGUUUGCAGAGACAAUGAUGUGUACAGUCCUUUAUGAUGCAUCCAACAGUUUCAUCCAUCAACACUUUGUGGAGGUAUCCAUGUCUGAGGAGUUCCUUGCAUUGCCCUUUGAGGAGGUGUUUGAGCUUGUUGCUCGGGAUGAGCUCAAUGUAAAGUCUGAAGAACAGGUAUUUGAGGCGGCCCUUGCUUGGGUAAGAUUUGAUCGGGAGAGCCGUGAGGAGUAUUUGCCUCAGCUGCUAACUAGAGUGCGCCUGCCUCUCUGUCGACCACAAUUCCUAACAGACAGGGUUCAGCAGGAUGAUUUAGUUCGCUGCUGCCAUAAGUGCAGGGACCUUGUUGAUGAGGCAAAGGACUAUCACCUCAUGCCCGAGCGCCGUCCUCAUCUGCCGUCCUUCAAGACCCGGCCACGAUGCUGCACCUCCAUUGCUGGCUUGAUCUACGCAGUGGGAGGCCUCAAUUCUGCCGGUGACUCUCUGAAUGUGGCAGAGGUGUUUGAUCCCAUUGCCAAUCGAUGGGAGCGGUGUCAGGAGAUGACAACCUCUCGGAGUCGUGUGGGUGUGGCCAUGGUCAAUGGGCUGUUGUAUGCAAUAGGCGGGUUUGAUGGGCAAUCGAGGUUAAACACAGUGGAAGUUUAUAACCCAGAGACAGACAAGUGGACCAAAGUGGCCAGCAUGAACAGUAAGCGCAGUGCAAUGGGAACAGCUGUCAUGGAUGGACACAUCUAUGUUUGUGGUGGAUAUGAUGGAAUCUCCUCCCUCAACUCUGUGGAAUGUUACAGUCCAGAAGCUGACAAAUGGGUGUCUGUGACUCCAAUGAGUGCCUGCCGCAGUGCUGCAGGGGUCACCGUGUUUGAAGGGAGGAUCUAUGUCUCUGGAGGGCAUGAUGGGCUGCAAAUAUUUAAUACGGUUGAAUGUUAUAAUCAUCACACCACUACCUGGUACCCCGUGCCGAGUAUGCUGAAUAAACGCUGUCGGCAUGGGGCUGCAUCACUAGGCAGCCAGAUGUACGUCUGCGGUGGUUACGAUGGCUCGGGUUUCUUGAGUAUUGUGGAAGUUUACAAUUCUUCUUCGGACCAGUGGUAUCCACUUGUUCCUAUGAAUACUCGUCGCAGCCGGGUGUCUCUCGUGUCAAGCUGUGGCCGCCUCUAUGCCAUCGGUGGCUAUGAUGGACAGUACAACUUGAACUCAAUGGAGAUGUAUGACGUUGAUACAAAUCGCUGGACGUUUAUGGCCCCCAUGGUGUGUCAUGAAGGUGGGGUUGGUGUAGGGUGCAUUCCCCUCCUCAGUGUGUAAGACAGUCAUCGUUCCCCUCGUCGGGGAAUUCGAGCAUUUAGUAGAAAUAUGGAAACAAUGGUAUAUUUAUGGGAGCCCAGUUUUCAGUGUCUGUUGAUCAUUGUCCGUGGCCAAAGAUGACACAGUGACAAUUACGUCUUUCCAACAGAGACUGGUAACUUAUCAGUACUCUGUCACUAUCAGUAGAAUCUGUGGUAUUUUUAAAGGCAGCCCUUUAAUUAAAAUUAUAAGUACUUUAUAUAUUACACUUUCAUAAAUAACCAGGUGUUUUUAAUAGUUUGUGUCCAUGAUUAACCAAAUUCACAUCAGCAUAUCAGUAAAAGCCAGUGUCUGACUGAGUGUUACCAUGAGUUAGGGACUUCCCUUUCACCAUUGGGAUGUAGAUUUUAAUGUGUGAAAAUAGAAAGCUGAGAUACUGACAGUCCUGUUGUACAUUGUUUUGCAUCUGAUCUAUGCACCUUGUUCUUGAGUACUUGCUGCUGGAACUAGAUGUCUGCAAAAGGAGUGUUCCUGGAAUUAACAACCCCUCACCUGGCUGUAAAGACCAGGUCGAGCAUUCGCUUCAUGGCCUACUUGGUGGCCUGUCUACCAUUCCUGCAAGGCUGAUCAGUCAAUGUGUAUAUUUAUCUUCUUAUUGGUCUAAGUAAUGUGUUGAAUAGUACUUUGUCUUGGGAUAGUUGAGUGAGUGUAUGAAUAUGAAAAGUUCUAAUGGUUUUACAUUUCCAGGACGGUAUAAUCGUUCUUUGUAUACUAUGAUAGUGCAGUUUGCUGCUGUUUCCAACCCAGGUAAAACCACUCCUUCUGGUCAUUUUCCUCCUGGUCCUGCUCCUUAUUCUACAUUCUCUCCUUCCAAGUGCUGUUUGUCCUUAGGAGCUUAUAGACAUAAUUAUAAUAUCGUGAUUUUUUUUUUUAAAGUUUACGGUAAUCAAGGUAGGGAGACUACCUGCUGGUGAUGUGGGUCUUUACUUAUCAGUACUUUGUUUAUCAAGAGUAAUGGAUAUCUGGGAGAGAAUUACAGAAUGCAAUUAGUGGUUAUGCCACAACUGGGGGAAUGUGUAAAGUCUGCCUGCUGCACCAUGGAGAACACCAAACUGUACAAUUUUGUUCUUCCAAGCAAUUGAAGACAGCAUUGAUCUGAACAGUGAAAUGUUGGUUGAUGUGGGUUUGCCUUUGGGAGUGUGACAGAAGGAAAGUAUUGCACAAUAUUAAAUGUGAUUUAAAAUGACAUUUUAUUCUCAAUAUUAUGUUGGUAGCUACUGUAUGUUAAUAAACUAUAAAUGUCAUUUACUGGGUAGACAUUUAGCUGGGGACGGUGUUGGGGUUUGCACAGUUUGCAUAUAGAAUAAAAGACACCUAGGAGUCAGUUGGAGAAUAGAAUCUCACCGUGAAUUUUUUUUAUGUAAGUAGAGUAAUAAAGAUCCAAGAUGGAAAUACAAGCUAGAAUCGAAAAGAUGAUUUGGGGUGUGUUAAGAUUGAACACGUAAUUAGAUUCCAGUGUAGCAUAGCAGACACCUGACAUUGAUUCGUUGACUGGAAUGUAAGGCAAGAGGAUUCUCUGUUUAUAUAGUCCAUAGAAUAUAAUGGGUACCCAGAGAAAUGAACCAGAAGGUGCACAUGUUUUACGUAGCAUCCAGACUGAGAGCUGCAAAUGAAGUUGUGUUGAAAUUGCUUUUGUGUGCUAUUCUCCUUGCUUUACAGUUGGUUUUCUGUGUAGUACAGUUCUCUAAUUAGAAACUGUAAUCUACUAUUAUCAACAAGUAACCAUUAAUUAUGUAUGUAGGAAUUAAAUCUCACCUGAUUAUUUGAUGUGGAAGCAUAUUCUGUUCUCCUGCUCCUUGACAUUUUACAGCAGAAAUCAAUGGAUAGCCAUCUCCCUAUUAUAAUAGUACUGAGGUAACUGCAGGCUCCUACUGCUGGCACAACUGAGAAACCGGAGUGCUCGUGUUUUAAUGACUCAUUAGGGAGGGCUAGAAAUAUAAUUAAUUUACACUACAUGGGUCAUGUGUUCCAGGUUAUGAUGCUUGAAUGAGUUAACUGAGCCAUAUUUAAAUAAACUACAGCCAAAUACUGCAUUGUUGAAUAAUAUCACUUUUUUCAAAAUCUUGCACCAAUGAAGCAUGCCAUUUGCCCCAGUAUGGAUUUUUCUGCUCUUGACCCACUGCCCUGCUCUUUUACUAGACCCAUGUAUAUUUUUUUCUCCAAUUUAUAAACUUAAUUCCCAAAUAAAACAAAAAUUAGAAACAAAUUAUUUAUUUAGUCAACAUGACUUCAAUGGCACAGGCUCGCUCAUUCACUUUACUGGUCAGUUAAAAAAUCUGAAACUGUUUCACUGUCCCAAAAAACAAAGUGGGGUAAAACGUCUGCCAAAGUCACAGCAAUGUGGAAUAACUGGGGAAGUAAAGCAUUUGCUGUCUGCUGAAUUAUUCCUGGAACCAAUUACCAAGCCAAGAGAUCAUAUAUCAAAUCCACUGAUUGAAUGGUGCUCAUUUUCUGCACAAAUUGAUUUCUGAUGUGAAGCCAGAAUGUUGUCUCCAAAUCUGUCUGAGAAUCCCAGCUGCACUUGUUUAAUCAGCUAAAACAUAUGCUUAUCACAGACUUGGGGAAUCUAUAUAUGUGUUCUUCAGUUUAAACCCUGUGAGCCAGUUUCUUGAGUACUUUGUCUCUUAAUAUAAGUAAAGAAGAGGCAGUGUCCCAAAGUAAUUUCCACUAAGCCCCAGUUAUGAGAUUGAUUUCUGUUUGGCUCCAUUGGGAUUGGUGAAGAAUCAGUGCAUCCAAGUCCUUUUAAGUUUGUCCUGCCCUCCUCAAAUGUCCUGAAUUUUGAAUUUGAGCUCUACAGCUUUGGACAUUGUUUCUAUUCAUGGUACUACAUAAAUGCAACUUGUUAUAGGCAAUGGUUAUUGCCAUGAGAUGAUUUAUGCUGGCUAGGUCUUUGACAUUAACUUAAAACUGUUAGGCUGACUCUCUCUCCACAGAAGAAUCAUUAUUCUAAUAGGGGAAGGAAAGGAGGAGAAUUGAGCCCCUAGAUAUCUAUCCUUUUUACAAUAUCAAAUGUGAAACCUAGAUUCCUAACUUGGCAAGAAUAAGACACAGGAGUUGGCCAUUCAACCCCUUGUGUAGAUUACUAUCAGAAAACAGGUAAUCAUGAAAAUCUACUUCUAUCCAUCCAUCUGUUACAGUAAGUGAUAGGUCGAACCUUUGUGUAUCAGUGGUACAUAUUCUAUGUGCUGUCUCUGAAGUGUACACAAUAUUUUAUUACCAGGUUACUUUGGAACACUUGAAUGUUUUUAAUGUAAAGUUGUAUUAAAUUAUGUACAUUCCUACA